ACGAGGCAACAGAGAACCAAGCCGAGUCCCCAAGUCACAUACUGCACUCGAGUGAUCAUCUAUCCAGGAAUGUAUGGCAUAGUCUGUAAUGAUAGUACAGGAUAUCUGUGGUGAAGUGUAUUAUUCUUUUUCGGUGGUAAAAACGAUAAUCGCAACUUGAUCGACCGAGGGGAGAAAAAAGAGGAUGUCACGUGACCUAUGACCAUAUAUUUAUUCCGAUUGCAACGUGUGCGUCUGAAGACUUGAGGGAAACUUCUGGAAUACCUGAAAACAUUCACAAAGGCCUCGAACGGUGUGAUUAGCAGUUAUUGAUAUAUACAAAGUAAAAUCAGUGAGUGACCAAGGCGGUUUUCAAAACUUUGACUGCCAAUGUCCGUGGAAUUGAACAGUGAUUAGUUUGGCCGGUGUCAAAUUUCGUUUUUGAAAGUCAUACACUUGCAAACUGAUGUACUCGAUCUAUUCAACAUAAGUUUAGAUCCGUUGUACCAGGUGCUUCCAUGUGAAACCUGUCCUAUUAACCCUCCGUGUGAAUAAUUUUUUUUUUUUUUUUUUUUUUACACCUUUUGUCUCUACACUUUUUCGAAGGGUUCUAGGCUUUCAAGAAAUCGAAACAAAUUCAGGGCUUCUUCUUAAGGUGUUAACUACGUUAUGCAAAAGUUCGCAGACUCUAAACUUCGGUAGUAUUGGUAAUAACAAUUGAUAUUCAGAAAACGACUGCUCCCUAAAAGAUCAAGUGCUCACACGGAGGGUUCAUCAGGUUAAAGGUACCUCAGAUUUCGUACCUGAUUCUGUGCUGAAUUUUGAAAGAAUCUCUUCGUCUUCUCGAUAUUGUUGAUUCGAGGAUGGUGUUGGUGGUGAACGGGGUCCUACAGGAGGAGGCUCCGACGGACAGCAGGUCCUUGUACGCUGCUCAUCCGAUCUACAGGGAAACCGCUGCCCAGUUACAGGCGAUACCGCCUAAAUUGAUGGGUCCCGACGGCCUGCUCUACGUUCUUCAGAGAGAAAUGGCAGCCACGUUGCCGCACGACAAAAACGUGAGUAUUCUCGGAUCCGAUGAUGUGACCUCCUGCAUAAUCGUCGUGUUAAGACAUUCUGGAUCAGGCGCCGUGGCGUUGGCCCAUCUUGAUGGAACUGGAACGGAGGACGCGGCUACUGCAAUGAUCCAAAAAGUGACUGAAUUGGCGAUAGGCUUUCCGGAGGGGCGCUUGGAGCUUCAGCUUGUCGGCGGAUAUUCAGAUCCCAGGAACUGCUCGGAGGAUAUUUUUUAUAACAUUCUCUGCGCCUUUCACAAGCAACCGGUCGAAGUUGACCUUACGCUUUGCUGCAUCGGCGAAGUCAACACCACAGUCAGAGGCGGUAUUCACUGGCCAGUUAUUUAUGGCAUUGGCGUUGAUGUUAAAACUGGUGAAAUAUUCCCUGCCAAUUUUCCCGACAAGGGACCUGACCAGGCUCUCAGAAACGCGAGACAGCUUACCGGAGGACAACAGGUGUUGGACAUCUACGACUGUACUCUGGGCCUCUUGAGGAUUGGACCAUUCAAUUACGACCCGCUCCGAGGAGUUGAUCUCUGGCUGUCUCAAACGGAUCAAUUCAUACUACAGCAUUUAUCAAGUACACCUGAAGUUGAACCGCCUCAUUUUGUUUCUGCAAUACGUACGACUCUAAAGUACAUACAGGACAAUCAGUUCCCAGCCGUAACAGUGUUCAGAGAUAAUAGGCCACGUUACUACCGUCGUGAUGAAGUCCACGGUGGCUGGCAGCCGAUGAGAUAUUGAAGAAUUUUAUCCCUCCAACGAUCGAUACUAAUGGGUCGCAUCAACGUUGUGAACAACGCUACGCCCAGUGCCCUACUAAAUGGAUUUUUAGACUUGAACUAAGGAAAAAAGCGAUGCAAAAAAAACUAUAGUUGGGGAAUAUCAUCAAUCCAAUAAAGAGCUGAUAGAUGACGUAUCACCUUAACCGAAACGGUCUGGUAAAUUAAGAUAAAAGCAGAGUAGAAGGAACGGGUCGAUUCAUUCAAGUUCAUCUUGCAAAUAUGCCUGCUAUGUAUGACUAGUGAACGAUAUAGAUUAGUUAAUGUUAUAUAAGGUCAUUUCCAAUACAGUACAAAGACCGUAAAUCGUAAAAACAAGAAAAAGUCUGAAAGACAUAUUCGACAUUUUUGAAACCACUGUACGAGUGGUCUUUUGGGCAAAUUUUCCAGUCUUCGUGCUGAAUUGGUUAUUAGUAAAUUACCAUUAAUUUCAAAACGGCGCAGAAAAAAAUUUUUAUACGUUAUAUUUUAUAUUUCAAAGUUACUAUACUAUUACACAUUAUAAUAUUGUGAUGUUGAUCCAGAGUGUGUUAUUGGUCAAUACGUGAUUGUUAAGAGUCUUUUAUGCAUAUGUGUAUGUACCUAUGGGCGGUGAAAAAAAAAGUUUAUCUCUAUUGGAGGUCACGUAAGUUGUUGAUUCGUGAUGUAUAUUGUUUUUCUGUUCCUUUAUUCUAUUUUUUCUAUUUCUUAAUUAAAAAUUGUUGAAUAAUUUAAAAACCAUAAUUAUAAUUAUGAUAUUGAUAAUACCUUGGGGCCAUAACACAUUAUGCCAUGCCAUGUAAAACUAAAAGAAACAAAAACAAAAAAAAAGCAACUGCUGUAAAUAAUUAUUAAUCGAUUAAUAUCAAUAUAUUAUCGUGCGAAUAAUGCUUAACUUUUUUAAGUGAGUUCAACGUAGAAACCUUGAUUGGAAAUCAGAAACUGAGAAUGGUAUUUCAGACAAAGCGACCGUCCAAAAUUUCUAGUUUAACAUACAUAAAUUUCUCUCAGUCUCGAUAUUUUCCCAAUUGUUGGUUCAAUGAAAUCGGAGAGAUAAAAUAAAAAAUUCCGUGUUCUGCAUUUCGAAAGUUUCGAAACUUAUAAGUUGAUUUCAACACGGCUAUGGUGUAUUACUUUUUGACCGACUGCAAUUCAGCCUUAAAGCAGAUUUUUCUUGAAUUAUGAGAUACGAAGGUAUAUACGAAGAAAUAUGUAGAGUGUAUUUGUCCAAAAUCGACAUAUUUAAUAAAAUUGAGGAGAAGAAUGACACUAACUUUAAUUUAGUACAAACGUGAAAAUAUAAAUUUGACUGAAAAUAUGUAUAGGUGGUGUUUGAUGGUGGUGAGAAAUCAAUAUAGUUCAGGACACAAAUGACAUUUAUGUGCUUACAUGUAAUUCUGUAAUCGCAGUUUUUCAAUAAUCAUCCAAUUUCUGAAUGCCCUUUUCUUUAAUCUAUGCACGAUAGAACAAUGCAGCACGACGAACAGAUACUCUGUAUUCUAAAAGUCGUGAUUGACUUCAAGAAUGUUAUAUAAUAAAGAUUUGCUGAUUGUAACUUGAAGAGAACACAUUUAAUUAAUAUUGACGUCAUUAAUGGUACGAGUAAACGACUGAAAGAGUGGGUGAAUUUUAGAAAUUUAAAUCUUCACAACAAAUUUUUCAAUUUGAUUAGGGUGUUUCAUUCAAAAGUACGUACAUCAAGCUUCAUUUGUACACUUUCUUUUGAUUAUAUUGUUGAUAAAAAGCAUUAUUAUUAAAAAUAACGCCAAAUAUUUUGUUCGUGAUGUGUUUUUUGGUGCCCACGCUAUCUUAAAAACAGGACAACCGAUUUAUUUUAAAUUCGGAGAAUGUAUUCUUGGAUGAUUCAGUCUUUCUGCCACAAUCUGAAGCUUUGUCUACAACUAUCAUAAAUUUUGGUGGAUAUUUUUCUAGAAAAGUUUUAAAUUACGGACGAAAAAUCGAAUCUCCCUUUAGAUGGUCGCCAUAUUAUUG